AUGUCUACGGAUUCCGCCUCAGCGCAGACCCAAGAAGGUGCUUCUUCGAAUUCGGUCUCCGAAAACUCCUUUAGUUUUACCCCCAUCAAAGCAUUACGUGCCAUCCCCCGUCUGUGGGAGCGCAAACCAACAACAUCCUUUCGAGCUGGUCCAAAAUCCCGGAAGCUGUGGAAGCGAGUCUGUACCUCAUUUGCAGGCAUGCAGUCGCUCGAGACUUCAACUGUAUUGGAGAACGAUGCGUUCCAGACUGCUAUAAAUGCCAGUAGAGAUGCUAGCUAUGUGCGAGGUGUAAAGCGUCGAUGUGUGGGAGAUGAUCAGAAUGAACGACCGGUUUUUAAAAUGCAUCAGCCCAACCGCUCAGUUAUUGAGACCAAGUGGGAAGCAGACACAAGUCGGCACCGACGAAAAAUGCCAGAUGGUCCUCUCGAUAUUUUUGACCAAAACCUACAGAACGGUCAGCACGAUCUGACCAUGACUGGGUCACCUCAGCCUCUCAGUCUUCAACAAAGUCCCUUCAAGACCAAGGUGUUCAAUGAAGAAAUGUCUUUUGAGAGUUUGCUUCGCGCUUCGACCGGCAAUGCAGACAACAGUGUCAUGGCACCGACCCCGACAAAGGUUGCACGAGAUUCCACACAUAAGAAGAAGGGUACACUGAUGCGGUCGGCUCUUCGAAGCUCGAUGGAUGGAUCGGAUACGGAGCUUCUCAAUGGCUUUGUGUCCCGGGCCCAAGCAAAGCGUGACGCGAAGGCUGCCAUGAUCAACAAACAAGAAACCACAACUGGUAGUGCUUCUAGCUCAGACGCAUCGGAAGUGGAACAUUCAACACCCAAACCUCGCCGCGCCCUAGAAGCCAGAAAUGGAAAUUCUCCCUCCCCAAUCAAAAUCGUUAUUUCGCCAAAGAAGAUGAACCAGUUUCGCGAGAAUGAAUCACAAGAGAACAGCCCCAGCAAGGAGGUUAUGGAUGAAGAGGAGGUGGCUGCCGCAAGCCCAACAUGCAGACGAUCCACACGAGUCAAGGCUCCCCAAGUUGCCCUUCCAGCGCCCAACGCCAUUGCUUUGCGCCGUGCCAAGGGCAAUGAAUUCAUUUUCCUGACGCGCACUGAUGUGCAAAAGUUAGCAUUGCUCACAAAAAAGAAUACUCGACUCAACAGGGGUGAUGCAGUGCUCCCUAAAUUUGUUCUUGAAAGCAUGGCUGAUGAAUGGAAUGAUGAGGCAUCAGAUGUCCCUGCUUUCCAGCCAAAACGUCGCUCACAUGCAAAGAAGAGUGUAUCGUGGAACAAUGAGCGAUUGGUUGAGUUUGAGGAUGAGAGAUCAGUGUCAGAGGAACCAGUGGAAGUGAGAGAUAGCUGCAAGGAGCACAUUGGAGGAGCUGUCAGUUCUGAAUCUGCAGCCAAGCAGCUUGAAGAGAUUGGGUCUGGCCAACACGUUAAAUUUGAGGAGUCAAGCCAUGCAGAGUCUGAGAAUGUUGCACGUGCCACUUCGGGAUCUGUUCCAACCACUCGAUCGCAACAUUUACGCCGUUUGGGCGUUUCGACAAUUGUUACAGCUGCACCCAUGCAAACAGGUAGCGGUCAAAUCAACAACCAACCAGCUCUUUCGAUCCCUACUACAGUAGGCACAACGCCCACCACCCCGACAAAGCCUCGCCGCAAGCUUAUUCCUAAAUCACCUAGUCUCUCUACGGUGACUACGGUGCCCUUUAAGAAUAAUGACCAGUCUCAUGCAAGUGGCAUUCCUACCCGUUCUGCCAGUAUUGGUGGUUCUGAGCGUCCCAAGCGAAGGAGUGCGGUGAAUUCUAGUGCGGGGUGCACACCUAUGCCUCGUCGUAUUCGGAACAGAGAUUAA